AUGGACGAUCUUAAUGAAGAAGUUAGUGUCGGUGAGUUGAAUGCAAUAGUUGAAGAAACCCCAAAAGAGUUAAAGCGACGACGAGGACCUACUAUUAUGUUUGAUGUAACUCGCAUUAGAAGUUUGGGAGACAAGAAGGUGGUGAGGUACAAUGAAGACGGAGCACCUAUUGGUGAGAAUGGAGCGAAGUUAAAGUCUUUCAUAGGGUUUGCAACCCAUUAUCAUGUCCCUAUCACAGAUAUGUCUUGGAAAAGUGUGCCUGCAGAACUGAAAGAUAAGAUAUUCACUACAGUUGAGGCUGCAUUCGUCAUUGAUCCAAGAUCUAGGAAAAACGUUCUCCAAACUGCAGGUAUUUCGUUUCGUCAGUUUAAGAACUGGCUAACAACGAAAUACAUCAUCCCGCAUAAAAAUGAACCACAAUUGCUUCAAGUUCCACCUGAAAAGUAUUCCUUCAUUGAGCAAAAUCACUGGGAAGAGUUUGUAAGGUCAAGGUUAUCAGAGACCUUUCAGGAAAAAAGAAAAUUACAACAAGAUAGACGAUCGAAGAACAAAUACAAUCAUAGAAUCUCAAGGAAAGGGUAUGCCAAUCUUAAGGAGAAAAUGGUAAUAUGUUUAGAUGUCUAA